AUGGACUCUCCAGCAUGGCAGGAAGAGAUAACAAUCACCAAAUUCCAUGAACUGCUCCGGAUAGACCCCUCCAUCGGUCCAGAGCUAGUAAAAAAAUAUCUCAAGGCAAUCAAUCAACACGACGGAACCCUCAAAUCCCUCAUCACCAUAAACACCACAGCUCUAGAAACCGCCAUAGAAAAAGCCACCGAAACACACACAUUCAACCAAGCCAGCAAACAAUUCCCACCAUUACACAGCGUGCCAAUAAUCCUAAAAGACAACUACAGCACCGCAGAUCUACCAACAAGCGCAGGCGUCAAAGCCCUCCAAAACCUAUGCACCAAGGACAGCGAUGUUGUCUCCCAUUUACGAGCCGCAGGUGCAAUAAUCAUAGCAAAGGCUAACCUCCAUGAAUUCGCUCUGCAAGGAAUAACACUCUCCUCGCUCGGCGGACAAACCCUGAACCCAUACGAUAAGACCCGCACUCCGGGCGGAUCCUCUGGUGGGACAGGCGCUGCGCUAGCGGCGAACUUCGGGAUCGCGGGGUGUGGGACGGAUACGAUGAACUCGCUACGGUCGCCUGCGUCUGCGUGUGGGAUUGUGGGAUUCCGUCCGUCGACGGGGAAUGUGUCUUGUGUUGGGAUUGUACCUGUUUCUAAGACGCAGGAUGCGGCUGGGCCGAUGGGGAGGAGUGUUGGGGAUGUGAGGAUUAUGUAUGGAGUUAUGAAGGGUGGGGAGAAGACAAAUGUACCUGAAGCGAGACCUCGAUCUCGUCAGGUUCGGAUUGGAGUCUUGGAGGCUUAUUUCCAACCUGAAAGAUGUGCAGAUGGAACUCCGGAAUCGGAGUAUAUAGUCGAGAACCAGAUCGUGCAGGAUGUCAUUCGGUCGAGUUUGCGUUCUAUACAGGAACACGAUGGGGAUAUCAUAUUGGUAUCUAUUGACCCGUCUAGUCAUCCGGAUUGGAGUUAUGGAACCUUGUUUGAGAAGGCGGAUACGCAGGCUUUCGAGUUCAAGGAUUGUCUCGACGAGUUUCUGCAGUCGUCGCUGGUUUUGUCAACACCGCAUCGAUCGCUAGAAUCUAUUGCACAGAGCGGCGAGUUCGAUUUACAAGCUAUGACGCAUGUUUUUACUGCGGGAUUGGAAGAUCCUGAGACAUUUUCAUUGACGAGUGAGGUAUAUCGAAGUCGAUUGGAGUAUAUUGCUGCUCUAAAAGAGUCUGUGAAAGAAUGUUUCGAUAGAUACGAUAUCGACGCGGUGGUAUAUCCGCACCAGACACAGCUGCCUGUGAAGGUUGGCGUGAAGAAGCAGAAUGGACGGAAUGGUGUUUUGGCUGCGUUGACGGGGAGGCCUGCUAUUUGCAUUCCUGCUGGGCGGAGCCCUAAGACUGCGUCUGCCGUGCUUGGUGUUCCUAUUGGGUUGGAGCUGAUGGGCCGGCGUUGGGGAGAUGAUGAAUUGCUAGAUAUUGCGGAGCGGGUUGAGGGUAUCCUUAAAGGUAGAGUGAGACCUAUUCUUCAUUGA